GCCACGCUAAAAUUAAAAAUCAAAACAAACACCAUGCGUCUGGGUAUUUGCGAGGUGUGUGCCGCCAAGGAGGCCAUCUACGCCUGCCCCAAAUGUGAGGUGAAGACCUGUAGCCUGCCCUGCGUCCGAAUCCACAAAAAGGAGUUACAGUGCGAUGGCCAAAGGGAUCGAACCAAGUUUGUGCCCCUUAGCGAGAUGACCGCCCGUGAGUUUAUGAGCGACUACUGCUUCCUGGAGGAAUGCACCCGCUAUACGGAGAACCGUAAGACGGACAAAUGCAAGAGCUACACCCACGAAAACAGAAACUUACCCCAGAGUCUGCAUCGACUGCGAUCUGCCGCCAAAAGGCGCAACAUCAACCUGCGCCUGCUGCUUCCCAACUUCAGUAGACGAAAGGAGAACACCACAUACCUCGACUGGAAGCGGCGGCACAUCUCGUGGCGGGUCGAGUGGCUAUUUGUAAACAUACCGCCUGUGGAGGAGGACAAAACCAUCAGUUUCGUUGACGCCCGCUGCGAUGAGACGCUCAGCUUGGCGGCUCUAAUCCUCAAAUACGUGGAUCUUGACCAGGAGGCGGCUCGGGAUCAGAGGAAACACCUGAUCCACCAUCAAUCAGCGGGCAUUGGGCAGCUAAGCUUUUGGUUGCGAGCCGAGGGAGUGCGAAACAGCAAAGGACGAUGCUAUCGCCUGAAGGCGAACCAAACUCUCUCAGAGAAUCUGGCAGGAAAGACGAUCGUGGAGUUUCCCACCAUAUUUGUCAACUACGAGCAGAAGCCUCCAACGAGCUAUCACCAAAUAGAAAGUGAUGAAGAAUUCGAGGAGGAAGAUGAGGAUCUGGAGGCCCAUAAAGUCAAAGAGCCAGCUGAAGCUUCUUCUUCUUCUGAAGAACCACAGGCAGCUGAAGAAACUGAAGAAGAGGAGGAAGAAAUGCCCGAGAGCGAACUGAAUCAAAUACUGCAAGAACUGGCGGCCAAUCUGGCCAAUCCAGACGACAUGCCAAUGGACUCUGAAACCGAAUCCGAAUAGGAAUAAAUA